AGUAGAGACCUCUAGCGGAAUAUGUGAAAAGUGCAAGUAAUAUCUGCUGGGCAGAGCUGUGUGUGGCAGUGCUACCAUGCCGCUUGUAGUUUUGUGCGGCAUCCCUUGUUGCGGGAAAAGUAGACGAGUUGAGGAGUUAAAAAAUCACAUCGAAAGUACGACCGACCGUCCCGUGCACGUCGUAAGCGACGAAAGUGUUGGUAUCGACAAAAACGCCGUGUAUGCAGAUUCUAGACAAGAAAAAGAUGCCAGAGCCAAGCUGAAGUCUGCAACAGAGAAAAAACUUACCAAAGAAACUGUUGUGAUCCUAGACUCUUUAAACUACAUAAAAGGUUACAGAUAUGAGCUGUUCUGUCUUAUCAAACUUCUGCAGACGCCACACUGUGUGAUCCACUGUGACAUCAACCCACCAGUGGCCUCACAAUGGAACCAGGAGAGGGAGCUGUCAGAGCAGUAUACACAAGAAAUAUUUGACGGACUUGUGAUGAGAUUCGAAGCCCCGGACUCCAGACACAGGUGGGACUGUCCUCUCUUCACCAUCCAGACAGACGAUGAGCUGCCAUGUCAGGACAUCUGUGAUGCUAUCUUCCACAGGAAGGCCCCUCCCCCAAACGCCUCUACACAAACUCAACCCCUGUCAUCUACCAACUUUCUACAUGAGCUUGACAAGAUCACCCAGGAGGUCGUUAAUACCUUACUUGAUGCCCAGAAGACGGCAGUUCCAGGAGACCACAUCUACAUACCAGGAGCUGCAGACAAAAUCUACCUGAGCCAUGUGGUGAGUGCCCCGGAACUUAGAAGACAUCGCAGACAGUUCAUAACCUACACCAAGAUGCACCCUGUGGAUGACACAGCUAAACUAGCCAACAUGUUUGUGCAAUAUCUCAACAAUAGCAUCAAAUAGUUAGGUAUAUUUUGGAAAUUCCCCAAGGGUGGAGCCAAUAGUACCUUAUUUUAUUUACACUUAUCACUAUCUUGUUAGACAUACAGCAAAAUGUAACAUUUGCGCUAAAUAUGCUAUUUAAGACGUCAGAGUCUUCUUUGCAAUAAUUAAAUCACUGAUUUUCCCCAUAAAAUCAUAUUGUAUCAGACACAAUACCGCUUCAUUUGUAAUCUGUGUAUUUCUAGACAUUUUACUGAUUUAGGAUUGUUUUAAUGACUACAAAAUGGUUUUAUGAUAGUUUGCCUUAUUUUCUAUUGUAAAACUUUAAUUGUUUAUAAAAAUAAACAGUGGUUCUUACAAG